AUGUCUGAAAGCUCAGGAAUAUUUAAUCAAACUUUUGUUUACUGUGGUGUCUGUCAUCGAAGAUCCACUUUAGGAGAUCCAUUAAGUCUUACCUCAUGUGCACACAUUCUUUGUUCUCAACAUGUACUGCCUUCUAAGGUAUGUCCCAUUUGUCAAACAAAUGAUAUAUCCAUUAUUCUUCUCACAGACUCCAAACCUCUUCCCAAUGAUGUCAGGAUUUUCUUUGAACCAAUGCCACAAGUGUUAGAACAACUGUAUAACGUGUCCCAAUUCCAAAUGAAUGGAUGGAUAAACCAAUGUAAAUAUUAUCAAUCUCACUGUGUUAAACUUAGGGAAAAAUGUGCAAGACAACAACAACUUCUGUACCAGGCAAAACAGGAGCUGGACGCCAUUACAACUUACAAGAAUAAGAUCAAAGAAUUGGAAAAUAUUAUCAAGAGGCAAAAUAUCACUAGACUGGAAUUUCAACAAAGCUCAAGAUCUCUUUCUACAUCAUCCUCGCUAAUGGGGAAACAUCCACCGCCACCAACAGUGGAUCUAACUUUGGAUGAUGAUGAGGAACACAGUUUGGAAGCUAUUGAAGAAGCAUCUUUUCUUAAUAAAUUGAAGAAAACAUCAUCCCUAUGGAAUUCCAAAACUAAGGUAAAUAACAAAGCCAAUGCAAGAGGACAACGUAAAAAACAGUCUCAAAUACUUCCAAGUAAUAAUAAUAAUAAUCAUACUUCUAUUACCAUUGCAGCGGAAUCUACUCAAUUAAAUCGUCAGGGCUAUUCUCCUACUACAAAUUCAGUCAAUUCAAAUAUUAGUGAAAUUAUUCAUUCGUUGUCAUCUCCAUCUUCUUCUGCUCAUUUAUCCCCCGGACCUUCCUCAAUUUCAUCAAACAUCCCAUCUUCGAAGCUAGUCCCUAAUUCGUAUUCAAAAACAAAUGGCAACAAUGAUAAUAUUAUUAAUAAUAUUAACAAUAAUAAUACGGGAAUGAAUAACACAAGUAGGGCUCAAUUCCCAAACGCUUUAGAGAAAUUACGAAUCGUCAGGAGAAACAACACAAUAAGUUCUAAUCCAACAAGAACAAUAUCAAAUAGCCAAGGGAUUUUGACUCACAUGAGAAGUAGUGAGGGUAUUUCAGCUAGGAAUAUUGGCAGUGAAUUAAAGCAGAUUCACGAUAAUGCUCCAUUAUCAAUGAGACGACGUUCCUCGUCACAACAAAUACUCACUAUUAAUUCAAAGAACUCAUCUUCUUCUUCUACUAAUCGAAUAGCCAAGGGUAGUAACGACAAGUUUAGGAGGAUAAGAUGA